AGCAUAGCUUGCACGUCAUCGCCUGCGUACCGCUCGUUAGAAACGUAUAUAACUAUUCCAUUAAUCCAAAUUAGUGUGGGAAAGGCGAUAGCACUCUGCCCUCGUGUAUUUUGGUCCAGGGUGCGCCGGCUGCGUCCGACCAAUAGCCGGGCUCAGAACUCAGCCCUUUCCGUCACUUCCAAGGGCGGGUCCGCAUUCGUGUGGUCGUGCCAAAGUUAUCUCUCUUACUCACCAUUCCUUUAACAUUCGCAGUUCGCCGCUUAUGUACCACACGGCUUCGCUUGGAUAAAUACUGGCGCUGCAGAUAGUUCGCUCACACAGGGAUACCCGGCCCCAGGUCUUGUUACCGCCAAGCAACUUUCCAUAAGGAAAAAGGACCACCGAUUUGGAAUACCAUCGCUCCAAGGCACCCUUAAACAGAGGAAAAUAUGUCGGGCCGACAAGUACAGAUUACAUCGUACAAAACAAGCUCUGGUGGUGGAAGACCGGGGGAGUCCAUGACUACGAGCGAGCGCCAUGUGUACAGUUCGUCUUCAGAGUCGUACGUGAAGGAGACAGGAGGCAUGAAGAUGCGCGGAUCGUACAAUGUCCAGUCCUCAAGUUUCUCAUCCGGGAGCUUCGGAGCUUUUAGCCAAGGAUUCUCCGACGACUUCCCUAGCUUGUCCAAGGGCUUUGGGCAGCCUUUCGGGUCCGAGGGCUUCUCCAAAAUGUCUAAGAUUAUGUCCUCAGCGGGCGGCAGCCUGUUCCUGACACCGUCCAGUAACAGUCCCGUGACCAUGGUGCGGGCUGAGGGAGCCUGUCUGAAGCAGGCGUAUGUGGGAGAACUCAGCACAUUCAGUGUGGACUGCAGCAGAGCGGGAAAGAGCGCCUUGGUGGUGGGCAUGCUGGGCCCGACCACGCCUUGUGAGGAGCUGGACGUGAAGCACAUCGGGGACAACAAGUACGUGGUGAGCUUCAAGGCGAGCGAGAAGGGCCCGCACUCCCUGGCAGUACUCUGGGGGGACGAACAUAUUCCAGGAAGCCCUUAUGACGUCACAGUUUUCUGAGCUGAUUUUUAUAUUCCCGGAAACUUUGCUAUAUUAUAGUGACGACGAGUUGACGAUGUUUUUACAUGUAAAGUAUACUACGGAAGCAGCAUACAUAUGUAUCUGACGUCACAGUUUGGUGAGCUGGUUUUUCUAUUCCCGGAACUUUGCUAUAGUAGUGACGACGAGUUGACGGUUUUUUUACAUGUAAAGUGCACUACGGAAGCAGCAUACACAUGUAUCUGACGUCACAGUUUGCUGAG